AUGGACGUCUUAACGCCUCCUGAACUGGUGUCACUUCGUGGUCUCCAUGCUGUUUCCAUGGUAACGCUGCAGAUGGGUGGGGCGUCGCUGAGGGCGGGGCUUCGCUGUGAGUCUGAAAUGUUUGAUCCUGUCACCGUGGAGACGUUUGUGCUUCUGUUGUACCGCUGCAACCGCUGUAUGUUCACCUGUGACGAGCCAGGUCACAUGACCUCUCACCUCAGAGCCCACCUAAGCCCUGCCCACCUGAGCCCCGCCCGCACCCAUCUGAGCUCCGCCCACCUGAGCCCUACCCACACUCAUCUGAGCCCCGCCCAGCUCAGCCCCAGCUCACAGGAGUUCAUACAGACAGGUGUUAAGGAGGUGGUUGAGGAGGAGGUGGAGGAGGAGGUGGAGGACCUGUUUCUGUACCACAUGUUUGACAUUGGCGCUCAGGGGGAGGAGCUUCAGACACACAACUGUCAGGUAAGCUCUCUGUUCGAGGAGCACUGCUCUCUGUUUAAAGAGGAGAUGGACCAAAGUGCUCACCUCAGAACAUUAGGGCUGUGUCGCAUCUCAGCCCCCAGGAGCCCCCCCAGGAGCCCGACCGGGAACCCCUCUAGAACCUCGACCCCAGCCCGCAGCAGGACUCCGAACAAAGCUCCUCCUCAGUCCACAGAUGUCUCCAGGUCUCACAGAACCUCCAGGGUCCGUUUAAAGUCCAACAAAACCAGUUCUAAUUCACACAGAACCAGAGCCACCUCCAAGUCCAGAUUCCAUGGUCCGGAUAAGAACAUAAGUCCACCUCCACGAGAAGACCUGCCAAAGACCAUGGACCGGCCCAAGACCAUGGACAUUGACAGAACAAAGGUCCAGAAGAAAAGUGUAUUCACCUGCAGCGUGUGUCACAGAUCCUUCAGUUCACCUUUGACCCUCAGGAGACACGCUGGAGUGCACUCUGACCUCCGACCUUACACCUGCUCCAUGUGUCCGUACUCCAGCCGCCUGAGAGCGUCGCUACGGCAACACCAGCGUACACACACAGGUGAGCGGCCUCACAGAUGCUCUUUUUGUUCUUACGCCUCGAUCGACCGCAGCUCUCUUCUUCGACACCUGCGCACACACAGCAACGACCGGCCGCACUGCUGCCCCCUGUGUGACUACUCGAGCAUCCAGAAGAAGAGUCUGGACCAGCACAUCCUGCGGCAUCACAGCCAAGGUGAUGUCACACUCCACUUAUCCAGGCUGAACUAA